ACUAUGAUCUUUGCCGUACUACUGGAUCAGCGCUAGACAACUUACCGUAUGUCCUCAUCUGAUUCUGACGUCUACUAGUAAUAUUUCGCAAGGACUUUAAAAUUUAAAAAAAAGGCCAAGAAGAAGUCGCGAUUCAUCAUGUCGGAGAGGACGAAAGUGACCAAGGCAGAGCUCGAAAGAAAGAGGCUACGCCUUCAACAGAUCAGAGAGGACAAGAAACGCAGAGAAGAUGAUAAAAAGAAAGAGGCUGAGAAUGCUGCUAAAGCUGCUGCUGCUUCUCCAGCCGUUCCUGGCUCUGUGUUGGAUAAAAAAAGACAAGAAGCUGAUGAUAUCCUCAGAGGUCUUGAUCUUCCUGAAUCAGCCCCUUUAGCUGCAAUUUCUCCUCCAGAAUUGAAAGCUAAGGAUACAAGUGGAGAUGCCAAGCCAAGACAGAGUGUAAGUCCGGCUCACAAAACUACCAAGCUCACCGUAUCUAAGAUUACCCAAGCUGGAUUCCCACCAAAGGAAAUGGUAUCAUACUCCAAAGAAACACAAACUCCUACUGAAACUCCAGAGGAUGAAGAUGAUGAGCCUAAAACUGAGUCAGUGGAAGCAGAGCAAUCCGUUCAGGAAGCACCAAAACCUGAAGAGAAAGUAGAGGAAGAAAAACCAGAAGUUCCUAAGGAAUAUACUGAAGAAGAGAAGGCCCAGCUGGAAAGUACAGAAGCUUAUCAAGUUUUUGUUGAACACUCUGUGCGCCUGAUGGAAAGAGCUCUGUCAGAGAAUGUUGAUAUAUUCAUAGAUUAUGAAGGCAAGGGAGACGGUGAUGGUGAAGGUGACAAAGAUGCAGGAGCUAAGUUGUCUUUGAAUCGUUCCUUCUCUGAUGAACGCUGGUCACGUCAUAGGGUUGUCACAUGUCUGGAUUGGUCCAAUCAGUAUCCGGAGCUGCUGGUAGCUUCUUAUAAUAACAAUGAAGAAUCUCCACAUGAGCCUGAUGGUGUAGCUCUGAUAUGGAAUAUGAAAUACAAGAAACAAACACCAGAAUACAUCUUUCAUUGUCAGUCUGCAGUUAUGUCAGCUGGCUUUGCUAAUUUUCAUCCUAACAUGGUGAUCGGAGGUACAUACUCUGGUCAGAUUGUAUUAUGGGACAAUAGAAGUUCAAAGAGAACUCCUGUACAAAGAACUCCAUUAUCAGCAGCUGCACACACACAUCCUGUGUACUGCGUUAAUGUGGUUGGAACUCAGAAUGCUCACAAUCUAAUCAGCAUCUCGACCGAUGGGAAGAUGUGCUCAUGGAGCUUGGAUAUGCUCUCCCAACCACAGGAUAGCAUGGAACUGAAGCACAAACAGUCCAAACCUGUAGCCGUUAUGAGCAUGACAUUCCCGAGCAAUGAUGUCAAUAACUUUGUUGUUGGUAGUGAGGAUGGUUCAGUGUAUACAGCCAGUAGACAUGGCAGCAAAGCUGGCAUAAAUGAAGCUUUUGAAGCUCACCAGGGACCAGUGACUGGUAUUGACUGUCAUCAUGUACCCGGACAACUGGAUUUCUCUCAUCUUUUCCUCUCAUCAUCCUUUGAUUGGACCAUCAAACUUUGGAGUCUCAAGAAGUCCAGUCCAGUGUACUCCUUUGAGGAUAAUAGUGACUAUGUGUAUGAUGUAGAGUGGUCUCCAUCCCACCCAGCCCUCUUUGCUGCUGUGGAUGGAAUGGGAAGAGUAGAUCUAUGGAAUCUUAACAAUGAUACAGAGGUCCCUACUGCCAGUGUCACAUUGGACGGCCAACCAGCUGCUAAUAGAGUCAAAUGGGGACAUCAAGGAAACCAGAUUGCUGUUGGAGAUGCUGAAGGAAAAAUAUGGAUAUAUGAUGUCGGAGAGAGUCUUGCAAUGCCACGCAACGAUGAAUGGUCCAAGUUUGUACGUACCCUAGCUGACAUCAGAGCAAAUACACAGACUGAUACGGAUGAAGAAGCAUCAAGAUAAAUUGUUGGUUGUUGCUUCACUUAAAAAUAUACUGGAGGGCAAGUAUCAGAUUCCGGGGCCUCUUUAGACUCAAAGGCGGUAUUCUGAACUUUGUGCUUUUUUUUAAAUUCUGGUCUAAAGUUGGGGUUUAACUAUUGGCUAGCCAAUAGAGACAGGUUUCUUUCAGAGUACAAGUUCAGUUUCAGUAUAGCUAAAAAGUGACUGUUAAAGGACUACCCCUUCAAAGAAACUAACAAAAAUCAAUUUUGAGCGGCCAAUCGGGGAAAAUGUGGUUGAAAUUUUUUUUAACCCCCCUCCCCCCUUAUUGGUUAAAGCAGGAUCUGCACCAGUUUAUAUGAAAAGGUGAAGGUAAUUUGUAAAUUUCAUGUGACUUUGCUUCAGGCAAAGUUCAAUUUUAAUGUAAUUGCUAAAUGUUGGAAACUUGCCAGUUGAAACUUUCAUUAAAAAAAAAAAAUUGAUUUAUAUUUUAUCAAUUUCAAAAUGAUUGUAGCUUGCAAAAACUGAUAACAUUUAAUUCCAUCAGAAAAAUGGAGUAAUAAAGCAAGAAAAUGAUUGAUACAGUAAAAUCAAUGUGUCAAAUAACACAGAAGGUCAAUUCUUUUAAUGAUGAAGGAUGUGAAGUGUUAUGGCAAGUUCAGUUCUUGAAAGUAGGUCAAAAGUGAUACAUGUAAAAUGUAUUUGUUUUCUACAUGUAACUUGUAAGCGAAGGUUAUUUGUUUCGAAAACUCAAAAUAAUGCAAGGAAAUAUUGAAGUUCUUUAAUAUGGUUUUACAUGAAUUUGAGAUGGUCAAUUUUUAGACAAAAACGAUUAAGAAAUUUAGUAGGAUACAUAACAGUAUAAAAAGACACAAAACAUUAGAUAAUCAUCUUGUGUAAUUUUAUUGCGAAAAUUACUUGUACAGUUGUAUAUUUAUGUUGCAUUGUCUGUCUCUUCUCUCUCUCUCUCUUUCUCACUCUCUCUUUGUCCUCCUGUUCUUCUUUCUCAUCACUCUUUAUUUAAAAAUUUGCCUAGUUUCAGUUUUCUUCUAGAGACCCAAGAGACGUCCUAUUUUGAUUUGAAU